AUGGCUCAAGGUCAAAACUCGCAAGGAGGGUCGAGGAAGAUCUCCUUCAAUGUGUCGGAUCAAUAUGAUAUCCAGGAUGUCAUUGGAGAGGGUGCUUAUGGUGUCGUCUGCUCUGCACUGCAUAAACCUUCAGGGCAGAAAGUAGCUAUCAAAAAGAUUACGCCAUUCGACCAUUCCAUGUUCUGUCUCCGAACACUACGAGAGAUGAAGCUACUGAGAUAUUUCAACCAUGAGAACAUUAUCUCCAUUCUUGAUAUCCAACGACCUCGCAACUACGAUAGCUUUACCGAAGUUUACCUCAUCCAGGAACUCAUGGAAACCGACAUGCACCGUGUCAUUCGCACGCAGGAGCUGUCCGAUGACCACUGCCAGUACUUUAUCUAUCAGACAUUGCGCGCAUUAAAGGCAAUGCACUCUGCCAAUGUCCUGCAUCGAGAUUUGAAGCCAUCCAAUCUCCUGUUGAAUGCGAACUGCGACUUGAAAGUGUGCGAUUUCGGACUUGCUCGUUCUGCAGCGUCAACCGACGACAACUCGGGCUUCAUGACAGAAUACGUCGCCACUCGCUGGUACCGUGCUCCUGAAAUCAUGUUGACUUUCAAGGAAUACACCAAGGCGAUCGAUGUUUGGAGUGUCGGCUGUAUCUUGGCAGAGAUGCUGAGUGGGAAACCAUUGUUUCCUGGAAAAGACUACCACCACCAACUCACCUUGAUUCUCGAUGUCCUCGGCACACCUACUAUGGAGGACUACUACGGUAUCAAAUCCCGUCGUGCUCGCGAGUACAUUAGGUCGUUACCAUUCAAGAAGAAAAUCCCCUUCAAGGCGCUUUUCCCUAAGACAAACGAUCUCGCCCUGGACUUGUUAGAGAAACUGCUAGCUUUCAACCCCGCCAAGCGCAUUACUGUCGAAGAUGCCCUGCGCCAUCCAUACCUGGAACCAUACCACGACCCUGAAGACGAGCCAACUGCAGACCCGAUCCCUGAAGAGUUCUUUGAUUUCGACAAGAACAAGGAUGCACUGAGCAAGGAGCAAUUGAAGGUUCUUAUUUAUGAGGAAAUCAUGCGGUAA